AUGGCACCUUCCAAAGUUACUACAAUGUCAGCAUCCUCUCCUCUGCCUAGGAAGCGAAAGGAUCGUGCUGACUCUCCUAGCAGCUCCAAUGACACUGCCAGUGUUCCGGCAGCACCAACCAAGACCAUCCAAACUACCAACGGCACCAACGGCACCAACGGGAACGGCGUCUCGGCUUUGAAGGCAAGCAACGACGCAAAGGAACUUAUCACCCACAAGCCCGCCUUGAAUGCCAAGUACGAUGUGUCCAAGAAGACAGAGUCUGUAGGCCAAACCGUGGCUCGCAACUUCGAUUGCGUGAAGCAUGCUCGACCAGCUGGAUUUCCCGAGUAUCUCGGUGCCCUGCCAUUCCCUCGUGAACUUAAAGGGUUGGUUGCCUGGACUGAUGCCUUUGUCGAGCGACUCGGCUGGGUGGCCAUGCAGGAACAAGAGGAAACUGCUCGCCGAGAGCGCUCCCUUGGCCGUGCCAACAGAGACAUCGAGCUUCUAAGUGACCGUAAUACGGAGCUCAAGACCAAGCUGCACCUUUCCACUGACGAGAUCCACAAACUGAAGGGCAACAACGCUAGGCUUGAUAGCCGCAACAAGUUCCUUGAGGGACAAUGCAAGCGUGACAAUGAUCAUAUCAAGGCCCUCACGAAGAACAUCUCAGAGCAGGGGUCUAAGAUCUGUACUUUGACCCAGGAGAAUGAGAAGUUGAGAACUAGCGUGAAGAGUCUUGAGGUCAAGAUCCAGGAGCUCAUUGAUCAGCACACGGGAGAUGAGGCCUCUCGCAAAGCCUUGACUGAAGGGUUCGCGGAGUGGAAGAGGCUUGACAAGGUCCAUGAUGACAAGGUCAAUGCGCAAGUCGCUGACUUGCAGAAGGAGCUUCACGCCGAGAGAGUUGCCAAAGCCAAGGCCCAUGAGGAUCUUAAGGAGGCAGUGGCAAAAUACGCAAAGCUCGAGGGCGAAAAUGCUCACCUGGAAACAUUGCGCGCAGAACUUGAUGUCGUCGUUAAGACCAUCCGUGAGCAGCUAAAACAGCUUGAGGCAGGCUUGGCAGCUUCGGAAGGGGAGAAGGCGACACUCAAUGCGCUGCUGCACGAGCUGAAGAAGAAAGAGGAGAGUGCUCAAGUCGAGAUCGAAAGCCUCCACGGCCAGCUGCACGAUGCUAAGCUCAGCGUUGAGGCUGCCAUGGAGCAAGUUCAUGCCGCUAAUGAGCAUGCAAAGUCUCACUGGGGAACUCUCCAGACCAUCCGUAUGGAUGGCGGUUGGCUGCGGACUGACGAGAAGGAUGCUUGUGAUUUGUUCUUGAACGAUCCUAUUAUGUGCAGCCUCCCUGUCUCUAAGCCUGUUGUCGCGCCCAUGAAGACUGUGAUCGAACGCUUGCCUGAGUCUCAGCCCGCUGCAGAUAUCGAGAACCCCUUCAACUGA